UCAGUCCACAAGCAUCUAUCCAUCUAUCUAUCUAUCUAUAUCUAUAUAGAUGCAGAAGGAAGAAGAAGAUGAUGUCCUCCAAUUUUAGCGGUGGUGGGCAUCUCACACUACCCCAAUUUCGCCCAUUCUCUCUCUUCUUCAUUUCAUUUCCAUUCUCACUUUCCAUUCUUUUCUCCUCCUCUCGCAAUGUCUCUCACCAUUAAGCUUCACAUCGUUUCAUCUUCUCUCCAUUUCGCCCAAACCCAAAAAAUAAUCAGACCCAGAAACGCUUUCCUUUCAAACCCAUUCAACCAUAAGAUCUCAAUUCGAAAAAUGACCACUUCUCCUUCGAGAAAAGUAAUCAAAAGUUCUCUCAUCGACCCAGAUGGUGGGUCUCUUGUUGAUCUCGUUGUUAACGAAAAAGAAAGGGUUUUGAAAGCUUCAGAGGCAGAAUCAAUGCCUAAGGUUAAACUGACAGAUAUUGAUCUCGAAUGGGUUCAUGUCUUGAGUGAAGGUUGGUCUAGUCCGUUGAAAGGGUUCAUGAGAGAAUCCGAGUAUUUACAGAGCUUACACUUCAAUUCCUUGAGAAUGGAAGAUGGUUCUGUUGUGAACAUGUCUUUACCUAUUGUUUUAGCUAUCGAUGAUGAAACUAAAGACAGAAUUGGAUCAUCUUCUAAUGUUGCAUUGGUUGGUCCAAAGGGUGGUAUUGUUGGUAUCCUCCGCAGUAUUGAGAUAUACAAGCAUAACAAAGAAGAGAGAAUAGCUAGAACUUGGGGAACUACAGCUCCAGGUUUACCAUAUGUAGAUGAAACAAUAACUUUAGCUGGGAAUUGGCUUAUUGGUGGUGAUCUAGAAGUAAUAGAGCCAAUCAAGUACAAUGAUGGUCUUGAUGGCUAUAGACUUUCGCCUCAACAGUUGAGGAAUGAAUUCGAUAAGCGACAAGCUGAUGCAGUUUUCGCCUUUCAGCUAAGAAACCCGGUUCAUAAUGGUCAUGCAUUGUUGAUGAACGAUACUCGUAGAAGGCUAUUAGAAAUGGGAUAUAAGAAUCCAAUUCUUUUACUUCAUCCUCUAGGUGGUUUUACAAAAGCUGAUGAUGUUCCUUUGGAUGUUCGUAUGGAACAGCAUAGCAAGGUUCUAGAAGAUGGAGUCCUUGAUCCUGAAACAACUAUUGUGGCUAUAUUUCCAUCACCUAUGCAUUAUGCUGGUCCUACGGAAGUGCAAUGGCAUGCUAAGGCUAGAAUCAAUGCAGGGGCGAAUUUCUAUAUUGUAGGUCGCGAUCCUGCGGGUAUGGGACACCCGACUGAGAAGAGAGAUCUUUAUGAUCCCGAUCAUGGGAAAAAGGUUCUCAGCAUGGCUCCUGGUUUGGAAAAGCUAAACAUCUUGCCGUUUAGGGUGGCGGCAUAUGAUACAAUAGCAAAGAAGAUGGCGUUUUUUGAUCCUUCUCGGGCUAAAGAUUUUCUCUUCAUCUCUGGAACCAAGAUGCGAACCUUUGCAAGAACAGGAGAAAACCCUCCUGAUGGUUUCAUGUGUUCUGGGGGAUGGGAUGUUCUUGUCAAAUAUUACGAAUCCCUGCAAGCCGAAGAAGGCGUGAAGAAGACUUCAGCUGUUUUAGCAUCGUAAGAUAGAUAAUAGUUGGUGAUUGAUCAAAAGCAAUUCAAGAAUGUUAACUUAUGCGGGAAUAGGAGGGCGAUUUAAUUGUGUUUUUUAUCGAACCAAGUGUUUUUUUUUUACCCUACCGAAUGAUUGCAUUUGAUUUCCUAUGAUUCGGGGUGUCGGGAUGUUAGGUGUCAGAAGGUCGGGUAGGUGCGGUUGAGAUGUGGAAGUCUUGACCACUCAAUCUGUUAUGUUUUUUUCUUUCUUUUGUGUGGGUAUGCAUUUUGUUUCAAGCCAACCUCUGCAGUACCCUCUUUAAAGAUAUUGUCAAUUAUCAUUAGAAAUGUUUUGUUUUAAAUGUUAUUUUUGGUUAA